AUGAUGGAGGACUUCAUGCCUUUAUGUUCAAGUCUAGAACGCGAGCAAUAUACAUUGCAGCGUCUCAACUCGAGUUGCCGAGACGAGUGCGACCCUGGCUCGCUGGGAGCUGACCUACGUUGCGUUAGCCCCCUGGGUACGGUCUGGAGCCGAGAUGGGCUCGAAGACGAUGUCUACUUGGAGUACCUCUUUUCGCAAGGACUAGCCGACACGAUCGAUCCAGUCACGAACUCUUCCCGGUUCCAGCACGACGAGGGGUCAGGUUCUGCAGCCUUGGUAGGUUGCCAGAGUGUGCAGACUUCGGCCAUGAUGACUUCAACCGUUAUAGGAUCUUCUUCACCAUCUUCAUCUGGAAUCCCCUCACCAGCAUCACCUUCAACGCUCGAACUGGACUGCUCGCAAAGCUCCGUGUCCAGUACUUCGGACACAUCUUCGGUCCUGUCGAUGGAAUUUAACUGUAGCAGUAGUAGUAGUAGUUUCGGUGGUAGUGCAGGGGAUUCUCUCGAUAAUUCGGAUAGUGGUUAUGAUGAAGUGUUUUCUUUAUCUGAGAAUGAACUUAUUGUGCUUGGAGUGGGUCUUCCAAACUUAAUGCAAAAUUUAUCGGAACCUUUACUGGAGUCUUCCACAUCUUUAUACACAGGUGGAAUUGGAUUAUUUCCCUCUUUGCAGCAAACGUAUGUUAACCAACGCAAUCGCCCGUCUGGCUCGAAAAAGAACAAAGUUAUGAAAGAACGAGUGUGUAAUUCUGCACGGGCGGACAGGUUAAUAAAUUCUCUGAUCCAAAGAAACUCAAAAGAACAGACCAGCGACAAGAACAGAAAUCAGUAUAAUAAUAACUUGAACCUUUCAUCGGAUUUCAAUUCAUCAACUUCGACAAUGAGGGCCCCGAAAGGCUCAACAGCUCACCGUAACAACGGACGGGUCUCUUCAGCUAAAAAUCAGGCAGCAAAAUCUACCCACCCUAAACUUGUUCUCAUGCAAAAUGACAUCACCAGCAGCUGUUUGCUUAGUAGUAACAUUGACAGUACCAAUCUAGGGAAGUCUCGGGGACCUCGGAGCCUGAAUACAGGCUCGAGCCGGGUCAGCCCUAACGGUGGUGUCGUCAAGGAUAAGAGCGAGGAGAAAAUCUAUCAUUGCACAUUUGCUGACUGCAACAAGGUAUACAGCAAAAGUUCGCACCUGAAAGCUCACCUGAGACGGCACACAGGUGAGAAACCCUUUGAGUGCACGUGGCCCGGCUGCGGCUGGCGAUUCUCGCGUUCAGACGAGUUGGCCCGACACAAACGGUCGCAUUCCGGGAUCAAACCCUAUCAGUCUGAAAAGGAACUAUCUAUCUAUCUAUCUAUCUAUCUAUCUAUCUAUCUAUCUAUCUAUCUAUCUAAGUCUUUUCAUCAUCUAUUGACAACCCUCCUUUCAUUAUUCUAUCUAUCUAUCUAUCUAUCUAUCUAUCUAUCUAUCUAUCUAUCUAUCUAUCUUGUCCUAGAUCCUCUCAGAAAAUAA